AUGGAAAUAAGGGUAAUCGUCGACGGGGUCGAACGGAGUGUUUCUGGAAUAACGGACAGCACAACAUGCGCCCAAAUUAUUUAUGCCCUCGCUCAUGCCACAGGACAUAAGGGUCGUUUCGUUUUAAUUGAAAAUUUUCAAAAUACGGAAAGAAGUCUGGCACCAUUGGAUCGACCACUUGAAAUAUUGCGGAAAUGGGGUAUCCGUUCACGUUACGUGACGUUUCUCCUGAAGCAUCUGGAUGAGGACCCAUCAUCCGUUGCCAGCGAAACUUAUCUUGUUAAUAAUGACGACAGAUUGGAAUAUUCAGACCUGGAAGAACCACCUUUCACUUCAGUAGAUAUUCCUAUACCGCAGAGCACACAUACCUGCGGUGAUUUUGAAGAAAAUUGCGGAGUUGCCUGUCCCACUGCUAUUCUUCCUUCAACGACGGAACAGUUGUGUCGUCCAGUUUUCCAAAAAGUUAGCUCGCAGACAGUCACCAACGAACGAAUAAGGAGUCGACCACCUCCACCGGCCUACCAUCAAGUAAUUGAACAACGUUUCAUUUCCUUAUCCAGACAAAAUACGCCGUCUUCAUCAUUAGCACCAUUACAAUCAGCGAAUACUUCCAUCGAUCACCAGUGGCGUCUUACCAACUGUGUAACAUCCCAGCCGAUCAAUCUCGAUAGCAGUGAUGUUUUUACAAGAAAAUUGAGCGCUGAUUCUUUGGAAGGACUGAUUCAAAACCAGAAGCAAAUUAUCGAACAACAGAAAGCUUAUUUAGCUAGACUAGAUCUUGCCAUCGACAAUGACCAACAACGUGAAGUUAUCCAGUUGAGAAGACAACAAGAAAACUUAAGAGCUGUACUAAGUCCAUUACGGAAAUGUGAUUGGCCAAAUCGCUUACAAAAUGAACGCAUUGAGUUGCAAAAAAUUACUGCAUCCGUCAGCGAAUUUAAGCAGAAGUUGGAUGCCAUCACAAAUGAAAUUAGAUUGCGAACCGAUGAAGAGCAUAAAUUAAAAUGCAAUAUACUGGCGAUGGAGGAGGAACUCAAACAGCUAGAGGAUGAUGUUGACAUUGCAAUAUUGUCCGAGAAUAACAACUAA